AUGGCGGCUGUGUCACGAUGGUACGCUACUUUUGGAUAUGCCACCGACGAAGACGCCAGCAUGAGUUUAAAUCUGGGCAAUAUCCACUGGAUCGUGCGGGGUGCAUGGACUGUUGUGAUAGUUUUAUACGAAAUGUCUAUGAUCUUUGGAGUAGCUACUAAAGUCUACUACCAGCACGAAGAAAUUUUAGAUAAAAUGGACAAGAUCGGAUUUGUGCAAACCACAAAAAUGUAUGCACGCGGCACAACUGAAGCGGCACCACAGCAAGGAGCCAUCGAUAUCAGACAAGACCACCUUGUGAAAGUCAUCCACAUGCUCAGAAAAUCCGAUCGCCCACGCGGUUUUUGCGCUGGAAGAUUGGUCGAUAUAAAUCCACAAGCUAUUCUCCUGCUGAUAGUGUGCGUAGUUGGCUACGUGACCUUUGUUAUCGAUCGCACUGACAAUGCACAGGAGCGCAGGAGCUACGCUGCCGGUGCAAUACGACUGAACUUGUCCCACUGCCGUCCGGAUACCAUUGUGUAUCCAAACAUUUCGUGUGCCCACGCCCUAUCGUAA